AUGACGCUAUUUAGCCCGACCACUGUCCUCGUCGGCUUCCUCCUCCUCUACCUGUCCUCUUUCCUUAUCUUCGCCAUCGUUCGAAUCGCAACCGGAAUCUCCAUUCAGCGAAUCGGAUACUUUUCUUUGCGCCGUAUUGCAUACGUCCCCCGCGAGGGAGUGCAGAUCGAACUCCGCGGGCUUGGGCUUUCGUUACACCCCCCUUCUUUCGCCCAACCCACAUGGCUGAGUCUACGGUUGACCGAGUUGAAGGUGACGCUAGACCCCUCAGCUUCGAGGAAGGAUAGGAGUGCUGCCGGUAAAUCCGAUCCCGACGAGCUCCAAAGCCCCUCGGAGGAGGAACCGAGUCUGCGGCAAGAUGCAGCAGAUGACGUGACCCCCCCACGCAUAAGCAAGACAUGGAUGACUCUAAACCGCGUCAAGGAACAGGUGAAACGGCUGCACCGACAAAUUCAAUGGCUGAAGCUAGUGGACAUUGUCGCCGUCAAUACGACCAUCAAUUUUGUCGAAGCUGGGCAGAUUCAGAUCGGAACGGUCUCCUUAGCGGUCGACACAAGGCGUAAGAUGGUGGAUCGAGGAAAGGUGUUUCGCCGGAAGCCAGAGGAGUCGGGGGAACAGCGUCCCGCGGAGUGGAUAAUGAACGUGCAUAAUAUCCUGCUCGCUGUCGAGGGUAGUGAACCGAUUGAAGUCUUGGAUCAUCUGGGGUUGAAUAUUCACGGCAUGCUCCACCAAGGCCUUGAUGGCCUCCGGGAUACAUCCGUGGCCUUUAAAAUCGGGAGACUACAUAUUCCGUACGAUGAUCUGAUGGCCCUCACGCGACGGAUCAAACAGUCUCGCAAGCCCCUCUUUCCAGUCGAAGUCGCAGAACGCGGGGAUAAGGUUUCGUUGGCAGACUUCGUCGAGGAGUUGGACAAGCCUGGAAGCCGGGACGAUGCUAUUGUUCAGACUGUUGCAGCAUCAAAGGAAUUCGCGGGGUCGUUACUGCGCGGAAUCCAGGAAAUCCAGGUGGCAUUGAGCUUCUUCAGGCUCUCGAGGGCGAUCCAGCCCCCCUCCCCCGGACAGAGUUCCGUAUACCUUAAUGUUGUGUCCCAUGAAAUAGGCGUUGAUCUCCAUCGCAUGGAUCAAACCAGUCCCUCUCAUCGGAUGUACUUCCAGCGGAAUGAUAUCGCCCACCGUGCCCUCCUUGCGGCCAUCUCCCUCUCCGUGAGCCUAGACGACAGCUCGGGCGAAUCGGAUAAUAUUCUAUAUAUACCUAUGGCCACUACAACUAUAAAAACGACCUUACCCUCGAAAAUAAUCAGCUCCUUUGACGGCUCCAACCCAGAGGAACGGAAUACUAACAUCCUGUUCGCAAACCUCGUCAUUACGUCUCCUGCCAUUGACCUAGAGUCUCAACAUGUCUCUAGACUGUUGGUAUUGGCUCAAGCCAAGACGUCUGCUUCUCGUGGGAAGAAGAGGGAUAGUCGUCGACUCAUGUCUAGAUUACUGCCGAAAGCCAGUAUCAAACUUUCAGUUCAUGAGCCCGUUGUUCGAUUCGUCCUCCCGAUAUCAGAAACCUCCCCUGCUCCUGAAGAUGACUAUAACCUCCUCAUCUCCUCCAUCUCCUCCAUCUCCCUAGAUGUGGAAUCUUCGCAUUCAUCAGAGGGUGGUGCCCACUACUCUUUAUCAUCUAUCUACAGGGUUGCAUCACACAAGCUCUAUUAUCAAACACCUUCUGGGAUUAAGCAUAACCUUUAUUCCACCGAAAAUAUGGAAUUCAAGGUGCUUCUUAGUGCUUCGCCGGAAGUGUGUGUCAUAGCGUCGGGGACCUUAAAUACAUGUUCAGCACACAUGGUUAAUAGUGAAGUUAAUCGCGGCAUUCGACAAGUCAUUGAACAGUUCCAGGCGCAAAUGCAACCGAAGCAAAGAUAUCCCGUGUCGGUUGAAGAACGGAAGCCAAGGUUUUUGAGACGCCUGCCCCCUUGGCUGUCUCGUUUCCAAUUUGAAGCAACCGGAUUCAGCCUGGAAAUUGCCGGAGUUGAUACGCCGGUAUCAGAUGUCUCGCGAGGAGUGUCGUUACAGCUGGAAUCUUGGACAGCGGAUUACCGAGCCCAAAAGACUGAGCCAACGGUUGUGAGUGUUGUGAGAAGGCGCACCCCCAGUCACUCGACAAUUGGCGAUGAGUCGCCAUUUAGGUUCCCUCCAACCUCACCACCUAGGCAAGCUAAAACUGGUGCUGCGGAUGGGAGGCGAUUAGCCUUCCAUGUCCGUGGAUUUGAGGGGUUUGUUAUUGAAUCCGAAGACUACCUGGAAGCAGAGCCGUUUUUCUCUUUUCCAAGAUUUGAAGUGGCUUUUAGCACGUUGAGUGACCGUCUUGGACCCAUUUUCAACAUCAACUCCGUUCUCAAAGGGGUUUACCUCCAGUAUUCUCUCUACCGCUACUACUGUCUAGGUGUAGCAUUGUCUGUUCUCCAAGACGCCUUCUCAAAGCGAUCCCCAACUCCUGAGCGGACACAUCACCAGAAAGAUACGAAGGAGUUUCCAUAUUCUUCGGCACCGCGUGCUGCCUCACAGAGGGGUGAAAUUGUGACUGUGGACGUCAAAGCCACGGUUGUUCAACUGAAGACUUUUAUGCCUGCGGACCCGCCAAUGCUAUUCCAGUUUUAUGGCUUGACUGCGGGCCGUCAUCGCCUGUCUUCUCCAUUCGUGAGGGCUCAUCUAGUUCGGUUACACGCAGAAGCACCAAAGCUUAAAGGGGUUUGGGCGAGAAUCGUCAGUAUGAAUAACUUCCGCCUCGAUCUACGACAGAUGAAGUUAAAGCAAGGCGGCGACUUUGUGGAGGAAAAGUCAAUUGAUAUUUGGACCGAUUUUAUCCGAAUAGGAGUUCCUCAUCACCUGAUUAUGCACCGUAUUUUUGACAACUUCAUCAAUACCGCCAAAAGCCUCAAGCAGUUGCAUCACCGAUUCAAGAGUCACUCCCCGGAUUUCGUUUCCGUAAGGGACCCUGAAGAGCCGAAGAAAGUUCCCAAAAUAUCCCUGCGCAGCAAAGCUCUAUUAUUUGAGUUAGAGGAUGAUGCGUUUGAGUGGAAGUUAGGCUGCAUAUAUAGGACCGGUCUUCUCGAACAACGCCAAAGGCUAGCCCGAGAGGAAGCCUUCGAGCUCAAACUCCAAAAAAUUAAGGAGUGCGAUCAGCGACGAGCCUCUUCAAGGCUUCGCACUAGAUCUAGCCACCGAACCUUGCGUAGUGAGCGGGUUAGCCAAGAUACACGAAGAAGCAAGAGCGCUGAUGCAAACCCGCGAAACGAUGCACGCGAUGAUAAGCGCGGCCGGGCACGAAGAUUCCGCUAUGACGCCGAAGGCACAACCUGCUUGUCCAGUGAAGCUAAAGUCACGGGGGAGCAGGUUUGGUAUCGCCUGCAACAUUAUAAUGCACGAAGCUGGAAAUCGAAAAUUGACGCAGCUCUGCAAUUUCAAGGCUGCUCGAUCAAGGCUGUCCGCAAUCUUUUCUCGGGAGCCGAUGAACCCCCAGAUGACGUGCACGAAACGGAGACGGUGCUUUCUAUUCCAAACCGACCCGCCCUGAUGGCAGCUUUGAUUAGCGACCUCAGCUUGACUAUCGAUAAGCCAACGUUCCCUCUUGAGGAAUAUCCUGUAUUCCUACAUACGAUCGGCAAAGGAAUGCCCCUGGAUACUAAGUACGCAUUGCUUAUCCCAAUGAGCAUUUCAUUAGAUAUGGGUGAGGCACGUGUUAAUCUCCGUGAUUACCCCUUGGAUUUGUUACAUAUCCCGGCCUUGCGGCCGGGACAAUCACCAAGACUCCCAAGCUGGUGCCUUCGCACCAACUUCGUGAUUGCGGAAGAGUACAGGGAUUAUAAAUCGUCCAGGCAGGUAAGUGUGGAACUGGUUCCAUCAUCUGAGCUUGCCGAUGGGACUGUAAUAAGCCCUCCAUUCUCAAUCAAUGUCUGGCGGUCUGUGAGUCCCGUCAAAACUUACUCAGACCCCGUGUUUGAAAUCAAUACAAAUCUUCCAACCAGUAUCUCUUGGGGAAUGUCCUACCAGCCUGUCAUUCAGGACAUGAUGAAGAUUAUUGAGGGAUUUACGAAAACCGAAAUUGACCCUUCUGAGCGGGUUGGAUUCUGGGAUAAAAUCAGGUUAAGUUUCCACUCUCGAAUUCGGGUCGUAUGGAAGGAGGACGGUGAUGUCCACCUCCGCCUGAAAGGCUCUCGCGAUCCAUACGUGGUAACUGGGUUCGGAUGCGGGUUUGUCAUGUGCUGGCGCAAAGACGUCCAAUGGGACAUUCAUACCAGUGACAACCCGCAGGAAUUUAUGAGCGUGACAAGUGGCGAGUACGUUUUGGCCGUCCCAGACUACAGCCAUGAGGCUCGAUAUCUGGCCGAAGCAACGGCCGAAGAUCCGGACACUACCUCGAGCUCAAGUGAUCUGAAGAAUGCCGCUCUUUUCAAGAAGGUUAUCAUGAAGCUAUCUGGCGACGUCAAAUGGGCGGCAGGCCUGGUGUUUGAGCGCAAUCUCGAUGUUAACAAACGCUCGACGCACUUUAAACCCCAUUAUGAUGUGAUUUUGCAAAAUCCCAUCUAUGUCAAUGAUGAACAGAGAAAGGACUACGAUGCUUAUCGCGGAUUCCGAAGCAACCACAUUCAUCUAUCGGUUGCGGUCGUCGCUCCUGUCAGCCGAAAUUGGUCGGCAAAUUCCGCACAGCCGACCACGAGUUACAACACUGUCCAUCUAAGUCCCAGGUUCUUCACGCAUUUCUUCAGUUGGUGGUCGCUCUUCUCCGGAGUGAUGUCUUUGCCUGUACGGCAGGGACCACUUUGGCCGGGUAUUACAAAGACAAGCAAGAAGUUCAACCGGCACCUUGCCACUGUCAAGUAUAAAUUGCUUCUCGCUCCUUUGUUUGUAGCUCACAUCUACAAGCACAAGGACCCCGAAGACUACGCCGAAGAUGUAGUCACCGCUACGGGUCUCAAGGUGCGGCUGGACAGCCUCAAACUGGAUCUUCAUCAAAGACGUGAACAGAUCCAGACCCAAGCUAAAGGCAGACUGAAGCAAACCCAAGCGAGUGCGAUGCGCAUAAAUCGAGCCGAAGUGGAUUUACAAGCCGCCGACUUCAGAGCUGUCUCGGCAAGUAUUGAGGGAACGAGUCUGGAUGACAUUGAGACCAGAGAUGAUAUUCUUUCUUCCUUCCAGCAGCCAGUGCCGCUAGUUGAUAUGUCCCGCUUUACAAUUCCAGAUCAUAAUCUCGAUUGGAUUGACAUGGAUGACUUUGUGGAACUUGACUGGAUACUCCCGCAGGAGUCGAAUCCUCGAACACAGAUCCUGCCCUUGGCUUUCACACCACGCUUCAACUACUUCCGCCAGACAGAUCAUGGGAACAUAACUCCGGACCAAACCGGCUACAGUACCUUUGGGAAUGAGAACACCCACGAAUGUGUCAUGUCCGAGACUAACGAGCCCCGCCGAGUGCAAAUGGAUCUGAUUAGGAACCGACUUGAAACCGUCGAAGCCCAACUCCACGACUGCACCCGUGCAAUUGGCGAGCAGGAGCUUCAAAUGGCGAAGGAUAUCGAUCAUGAUCCUCAACUAAAGAUCCAGCACCGCGACUACCUGAAACAGGCGGAGUCGCUCACUCGCCGACGUACAUUCCUUACAGCCGGGCUUCACCGUCUCGAAAAGCAGCUGUUGCGGAGCAAGAGUUCUGAUUCAUAUCCAGGCGAAAACGCUUCUCGCGCCGGAGCUGAUUCGGAUUCGUCCAGCGAGGUCAAAGACACGGAAUUUGAAGGCUUGGACACAUCUCCUGGCGAUGACCUGCACGUUGAUUUCAACAAUCGGUUCAUGAUCCAUAGCAUCCAGCUCAAGUGGAACAAUUCCCUGAGAAAUAUCAUUCUCCGUUAUAUCCACCAGGUCAGCCAAAGGCGUGGUUUCGUGUACUACAUGUCGCGAAGGGCCGUCAAAUUCAUCCUUGACAUUGUUGAAGAACAAGGCAAAAGUCAAGGGAGCUAUUCGAAGCUGUUCAGAAGGGAUUCAAGACGGCCUUCCCUUGAUGUCCGUGAUGAUGACGACAGUGUCGAGGAUCGUAUUGAGCAGCUACUGAGUGAUGCCAAACGGUUUGUCAAUGCAGAGGAGCCGGAAUCUACGGACCAGAGGGAGGUACCAACAGUGCGGUCCGAUAGUUUUAGUGAAGACAUAUCUCCGGAAUAUACUGCCCAGAAUAGUUAUCACUUGCGCCUUAUUGCACCCCAGAUCCAGCUUCAGAGUGAGAAAAACUCCAAGUCAGUGCUACUUGUCGCCGCCAAAGGCAUGCAGCUGAAGGUUGUGUCUAUCCGGGACAAGGAGCGGGUUCUCGACGACGUCAGUGGUCUUGUUCAACGCCGUUUUACCCUCGACAUGGAUGGCGCUCAAUUCUUUGUCGCAACGCAAAAGAAUUUGAUGUCUCACUUGCAAUUUUAUGCAGGCAACAGAUAUGGCAACGCUCCAGGCUCCGCAUGGCCACCGUGGUUGACACUUGAAGCUAUGUUCGACUUUGAACUGAACCCGUUCGGAUUUUCAAGGAUUAUCCAAAAGACCUCCGCUAGCUUACGAUAUGACAAGUACAACAACCUCCGUCUCAAGUAUAAUGAUGAGGUCGCCAAAGCGCAGCCAGACCAUCAAGCCGGCCCCGAUGGUCAGGAGACUCGGAUGGAUCAAAUCAGGGUCGACUUUCCUCAAUUCCGAGCUAUUUGUGACUCGGCUGAGUAUUACACGCUGUAUAUUAUCGUGCUCGAUUUACUGCUUUAUAGCGAGCCGCUUGAGAAGGUUCGCAAUGAACGGCUGGAGAGGAUCAUGCUUACCUCUGAUUUUAGCGACCUCAGAGGAGCUCCCGAGAUGGUAUACAAGCUACAGUCCCGUAUACGUCAACUUGAGGAGAUCAAAGAACAUUUCCAAAUCCAUGCAAAGUACCUCGAUAGAAAAGGUUGGGAGGACCGCUUGGUACUUGAGAAGGACAUUGCCCGAUGCGAGGAUGAACUGUUCUUCUUGAUGAAGGCAAUCACAACAUCGCAGAGAAAGGUUGAACCGACCACGACUGGAGCCAAUGGAAUCUUGCGCUGGAACAUCUCCGCUAGCGAGUUCGUUUGGCACUUGAUGAAGGACGAGUCAGAGCCUUUGGUUGAGUUCCAGCUGAGGAACGCGGAAUACGACCGAACCGACAACAGCGAUGGAUCGAACCACAACCAAGUAGCAGUCGAACGUUUGUAUGGCUUGAACCUGCUGCCAGAUGCCAUUUACCCGCAAAUUAUCGUACCUUAUCUUGACCAGGCCCGGCGCCUCGAUGGGCCCGAUGACUACAUGAUCAAGGUCAAAUGGCACAUGCUGGAAGCAGUUGCCGGUAUCCCAGUGGUCGACAACUUUGAGGUUUCGCUUUUCCCUCUUAAAAUCCAAUUGGAACAUGAGCUUGGGCAGAAGGUCUUCGAGUACAUGUUCCCUAAUGUCGGGGGAAAUGCCUUUGAGAACGGUGGCUUCUCGCCUUUCAUGAUCAAGAACGUUCAGCCGUUGGAGGACUCGGACUCCGACGAACACUCGCACGUAGUUACCGCCGCCGGCGUUCCAGGAAACAGCGACCAAGUGGACGAAAGUAACCCCAAGGGCCAUGGUGCAAUCGAGCUGAGGCUGCAGCCUACGCUGUCGUUGACCGAAAAACCUCGCAUCCAGCACCGCCACACCCAUCUUAAGGGUCUUGCAAUGACGCCAAUCCACAAAGAUAACAACAAGCUCACCGAUCGCGCAAGACCUACCACAAGUAGUUCCCUAAUGAAGAAAAAGUCUGCCGACAGCCUGCGAGUUUUGGCGAGACAAGCUACCGAUAAAUCCUUCAAUAGCUCCAACACCAGUGUGAAUGAUGAGAAGAAGAAGUUUGCCCUAGGUCGGAUGGGUAAAGGGAAAGACAAGAAGAAUAUGGAUGACUUUUCACAAAUGAUGGCCCGCGCAUCGAAUUACAUGACGCUUGCCCACGUCAAAGUGCACGAUGUAGUUCUUUGCCUGAGCUACAAGGGCAAGGGCGACCACAACCUGGAGGACCUCCAUGACUUCGUUUUCCGGUUGCCGGUUCUAGAAUACCGGAACAAAACGUGGUCGAAUUUAGAUUUAGCUCUGCGGCUCAAGAAGGACGUGAUCAAGGCCCUUAUUUCGCAUGCACCGGCGAUCCUGGGCAAUAAGUUCUCGCACCACCGGCCAUCCAAACAACAGCUGCGACGGUACCGAGAGCUUGCAAACUCCAACCAAGUUUUGCACAAUCAGGACAAUGCAUCCAUCAUGGAGACGGGUCCAAGCUUCGCCAGUGCAGACUCCAACAGCGAGUUGUCGGAGUCACAAUCGCACCGAUCAUCUCCCCUGGCACGGUCAAACUCUUUGGGGUCUAGUAUGUUCAGCACUCAUGACCAGAACGGGUUGUUGUUAGACUCGCAUUCCGCAAGUGAAGUCGAUGUGGAUGCUCGCUGGGAGCAAUCGCGGAGAGUUGUCAAUCCUCCGGCGCGCCCCAUGACAUCUGGCACUGCAAUCCUACGCUCCGAGACAGUCCGCAAGUGGGAUUUUUCAGAGGACGGGUGA